AUGGUAUCGCUCUCAACUGUUCGUGCCCACAAUGCGUCGUUGAAAGGUCUGGGAUCUGGACUUGUUGCUGUAUUUGUGGGCGGAACAAGUGGAAUCGGACUGUACACAGCGCGUGAAUUCGCUCGCUACACCGUUUCCCCGACUAUCUAUCCUGUUGGACGCAACGAGACACAAGCAAGACAGGUUAUCCAGGAAUUGACCCUGAUAAAUCCGACCGGCAGAUUUCAGUUCAUCAAGACGGACGCGUCGCUCCUACGUGGGGUGGACUCUGCAUGUGAGCAUAUUCAACACAGAGAAAGUCGCAUUAACCUUUUGUUUUUAAGCUGUGGUAUCUUCACUUUAAAAGGCAGAGAUGAAACAUCUGAAGGCCUGGAUAAGAAAUUCAGCCUCCACUACUACGCCCGAAUGCGCUUCAUUAAGAACCUAAUGCCCCAGAUAUCACAGGCCGCUAGCCACAAAGACCAUCACACCGCUCUCUCCCGUGUUAUAACUGUCCUAGGUGCAGGCCACGAAACGGAACUGAAUUUGGAUGACCUUGACCUAAAGCACAAAUACAGCCUCAAUAGCUGCGAUGUACACGCGACAACAAUGUCUUCAUUGAUGGUAGAAGAGCUCGCAUCCCUAUAUCCGUCUACAACCUUCAUACAUACGUAUCCUGGGAUUGUGAAAUCGGGUAUCUCUCGGGAAGCGGGCCCCAUUUUAGGCCCCCUUGUUAGGGCUGCGAUGAUUAUCGGCCGGCCGUGGAUGGUAGCUCAGCAGGAGAGCGGGGAGAGACAUCUGUAUGUUACGACGAGUGAACGGUUUUCUCCGGGUUCGACAGUCACCGGGAAAAGUAGGGUUCAUGCGGAAGAGUGCCAACGUGGUGCUUAUUUGCUGCACUGGGAUGGGUCUGAGGUUGGGAAUCGGAGGCUUCUUGAUGGGUAUCAUAAUAGUGGUGUUGGGAAGAAGGUUUGGGAGCAUACUGAGGAGAUGUUUCAGACGGUGUUGGAGAGAAGGUAG